GACGUGAGGGGGCGGGGCGCGCCGGGGCACCCUAGGAGACGGACUGGAGGGGCGGCGGGGGACCGCGCGAUGGACCGCUAUGCGGCCGCCGGGGAUGAGGCGGCGGACCGGGCCCGGCAGCAGGAGCGGCACUACCAGCUGCUGUCGGCACUACAGAGCCUGGUCAAGGAGCUGCCCAGCUCCUUUCAGCAGCGCCUGUCCUACACCACGCUCAGCGACUUGGCCCUGGCGCUGCUCGACGGAACGGUGUUUGAAAUCGUGCAGGGUCUUCUGGAGAUUCAGCACCUCACUGAGAAGAGCCUCUACAACCAGAGACUGCGGCUGCAGAACGAACACCGAGUGCUCAGACAGACUCUGAGGCAAAAGCAUCUGGAAGCCCAGCAGUCCUGCCGGCCCCACAACCUGCCAGUGCUCCAGGCAGCCCAGCAGCGUGAGCUGGAGCCAUGGCAGGCCAUGGAACAUCGGAUCCGGGAAGAGCAGCAGGCAAUGGACCGAAAGAUUGUCCUGGAAUUGGACCGGAAGGUUGCGGACCAGCAGAGCACACUGGAGAAGGCAGGGGUAGCUGGUUUCUACGUGACCACCAAUCCUCAGGAGCUGACGCUGCAGAUGAACCUAUUGGAACUCAUCAGGAAGCUGCAGCAGAGGGGCUGCCAAGUGGGAAAGGCAGCUCUGUGACCAAGCAGGGGGUCCUUGCUAUCCUCCGUUGCCUAGGAUGGCUGGCGCCACUGCCUUGACUGUGUGGGGGCUACUGUCCAGCUGCCAACAGGUCUGAUCUCUCUGAGGGGCUGCUUAGACCCUGGCUAUGCCUGCUGCCAUCCACUGUUCAGAUCUGGAGAGGACGGGCCCACACAGUAGGAAUGGUGUCUUGAAAGGCCCAUGUCGGAUGUUGAGUGGGAAGAUUGGUUCUAACACCAUUCCCUCUGGGCAUACCCCACACUCCCUCCAGGCUUGGGUGUUGCCUAGUUCCUGUGUAGCCCCUCCCUUGACAGUCCCAGCCCUGGAUGGAAGAAGCCAGAGUAUGGCCUAGAAAAUAAAGAAUCCAGGACAUGG